GAUAAUUUUUUUUCUUUUCAGUUUUUUCUGUUCAUCUCUCUCAGAGAGCUUUUUUUUUUGUUUCAAUGGCGGUGAAAUUAUCGAGUUGUUUUUUGAGCCAUAGAUGGAGCACUUGCAGUGUGAGUGACUGUAAUCAUUUCAGUUUGCGGUUUUAUUCUUCUCCGUCGCCUCGAUUGCUUACGGUUUCCUGUAAGAUACGUCAGCGUAACUCUAGCGUACCACAACCCAGGAGGUCACAGUCAAAGAAAAAUGUCCCAACACAACUUCCCCAAAAUGAUAACCUCAUGCCAGAUGACAGUGGACCUAGUGAUUCAGAAAGUACAGAUGACAUCUCUGAUGUUUCUGAAAACUCUAUGUCUAAUGACAUUGUAGCAAUUCAGCGUUUUGAUGAUGGGAAUUCAAGCAGCACAUUAACUCCGUCUAUUGAUGCAGAUAAAGGGGGCGGACUCUCAACUGUUCCUCUUCAGGAUGUAAUAGGGAUGAUACGUAAUGCUGAGAAAAAUAUUCAUAUCUUAAACCAAGCUCGCAUCCAUGCACUUGAAGAUUUAGAAAAGAUUCUUGGUGAGAAAGAAGCCUUGCAAAGAGAAAUAAACAUUCUGGAAAUGAGGCUGGCUGAAACCGAUGCACGGAUAAGAGUUGCUGCACAAGAUAAGGUACACGUGGAGCUAUUACAACACCAUUUAGAGAAACUUCGAACAGAAAUGUCCAACAAAAAUAGAACUCCAGAUGAAAUGCAAGAUAUUGUCCUCCGGUCUCCUGAUAGACAAACACGUGCUCUUAGUGAGGAGAUGAAUGCAUUAAGAAAUGAAAACAUGUCAUUAAAAAAUGAUUUAAUGACAAUUAAGGAGGAGCUUAAUGAAGUUAAAAGAACAGAUGAACGUGUUGAAAUGCUGGAGAAAGAACGCAAAGUUCUAGAGUCUUCACUAAAGGAAAUGGAAUACAAGCUUACUCUUUCACAGGAUGAUGGUGCACAACUUUCGACUUUGAGAUCAGAGUGUGAAACCCUAUGGGAUAAAGUAGAACAUUUGCAGGUAUUACUAGAUAAGUCAACUAGUCAAGCUGAUCAAGCGAUUUUGGUAUUACAACAAAACCAGGAGUUGAGGAAGAAGGUCGAAAGGCUGGAGGAAUCUCUUGAAGAUGCAAGCAUUUACAAGUUAUCAUCUGAAAAGUUGCAACAGUAUAAUAACUUAAUGCAACAGAAAAUAAAACUACUUGAAGAACGACUUGAAAAAUCUGAUGCAGAGAUACACUCUUAUGUUCAGUUAUAUCAAGAUUCGGUGAAGGAAUUUCAAGAUACACUUGAUAAUUUGAAAGAAGAAAGUAAGAAAAAAGCAUCGGGUAAACAUGUGGAUAUGCCAUGGGAAUUCUGGAGUCGUUUAUUGCUCAUGAUUGAGGCUUGGUUUCUUGAAAAGAAGAUUCAUAGGGAUGAGGCUAAGCUGCUAAGGGAGAUGGCAUGGAAGAAGGAUGCACGUAUCCAUGAUGUUUACAUGGAAUGCAAGGAUAAGAAUGAACGUGAUAUUAUUGCUGCUUUUCGCAGACUGACAUCUUCAUCAUCUGGUCCAGGAUUGCAUGUCAUUCAUAUAGCGGCUGAGAUGGCUCCGGUUGCUAAGGUUGGUGGUCUAGGGGAUGUGUUGUCUGCUCUCAGUAAAGCACUACAGAAGAAAGGACACCUUGUGGAAAUAGUUCUUCCAAAAUAUGAUUGCAUGCAGUAUGAAAGUAUUCAGAAUUUGAGGGUUUUAGAUAUAGUGGUAGAGUCAUAUUUCGAUGGCCAGUUGUUCAAAAAUAAAAUCUGGAUUGGCACAGUUGAAGGGCUUCCCGUUUACUUUAUCGAGCCUCUUCAUCCUGCUAAAUUUUUCUGGAGAGGAAAAACCUACGGGGAACCUGAUGAUUUAAAGCGCUUCUCAUACUUUAGCAGGGCAGCACUUGAGCUGCUUCAUCAGGCCGGCAAAAAGCCAGAUAUUAUUCACUGUCAUGAUUGGCAAACGGCUUUUGUUGCACCCCUUUACUGGGACCUGUAUGCACCCAAAGGACUAAAUUCAGCUAGGAUAUGCUUCACGUGUCAUAAUUUUGAGUAUCAGGGAACCGCACCUGCAUCAGAGAUAGCAUCUUGUGGUCUCGACAUUCACCACCUUAACAGACCAGAUAGGAUGCAGGACCACUCAUCACCUGACAGAAUCAAUCCUGUUAAGGGUGCAAUUGUGUUCUCUAAUAUUGUUACAACAGUAUCACCAACAUAUGCACAAGAGGUGCGGACUUCACAGGGAGGACAAGGGCUUCAAGCAACCAUUAAUGCUCAUGCUCAAAAGUUUGUUGGGAUUCUGAAUGGAAUUGAUACGGAUUGUUGGAAUCCUGCUACUGACGGUUAUCUCAGAUUCCAGUACAAUGCCAAUGAUCUUGAGGGGAAAGCUGAGAAUAAAAAAGCUUUACAAAGACAUCUUGGGCUUUCCGUUUCUGAUAGUAGGAGGCCAUUGGUUGGCUGUAUAACAAGAUUGGUUCCACAGAAGGGUGUGCAUCUCAUCAGACAUGCAAUAUAUCGGGCAUUGGAAUUGGGUGGACAGUUUGUAUUGCUUGGUUCAAGUCCUGUGCCAAAUAUUCGAAGGGAAUUCGAGGAGAUUGCAAAGAAGUUUGAAAAUCACGAGCAUGUUCGUCUGAUUCUCAAGUAUGACGAGGCUCUUUCCCAUUCAAUAUAUGCAUCAUCAGACAUGUUCAUCAUCCCAUCUAUAUUUGAGCCUUGUGGCUUAACACAGAUGAUAGCCAUGAGAUAUGGUGCAAUCCCCAUUGCUAGAAAGACAGGGGGUCUAAAUGACAGUGUUUUCGAUGUUGAUGACGAUACCAUUCCAGUUCAGUUGAGAAAUGGAUAUACGUUUGUAACACCAGAUGAGCAGGCAUUCAAUGGUGCUUUUGAUCGUGCAUUCAACCACUACAUGAAUGACAAUGAAAGCUGGCAAGAGCUAAUUAACAGGGUCAUGAGCAUAGACUUCAGUUGGGACACAUCAGCAUCACAAUAUGAAGAACUUUACGUACAAUCUGUAUCACGAGCCCGGGCAGCUCGUCGGGCAGCUGGCUAAGACAUCCAUUUCCGAAACCUAGAGCAGUUUUCUCCCACUAUAUACACUUUUGAAGGCGAACAUUGCAUCAUAGGGCUUUAUGGUACUGAAGUGAAUCGCAAAUGAUACAUCUGCAACACAAGACCACAACCGAAUGGUUCAUAACCCGAUAGAGAAAUUUGAGGACAUUAGUUACUUUCCAUCACAAGUGGUUUGUAUGAUUUUUAGUAUUCCUUUGUCCACGCUGGUGACUUUCCGUCACAAGUGGUUUAUAUGAUUUUUAGUAUUCCUUUGUCCACGCUGGUGACUGUUACGAUUUCUUGCGGAUGUAAAUCAUGUCCAUAUGUGGUUUUACAGAAUAAAACAUUUGACAAAUUGUACACUAUGAGGUUCUUAUUCGUAUACAUGUAAAGAUGCAUUCUCAACAAGAUCUAGUGAUUUGUUAAAA